CGAUAACCCUCAUUAGCAAAAGACUUAAGCAGCUUCUACACAUCAAUUUCGAUAUGUCACCAACGAUUCCAUUGCUUCUUCUUCUAGCGCUCUUCGCAACCAUAUUCAACCCAACAAGUGGAGAACCAGUAGGUGUAUGUUAUGGAAUGAUGGGGAACAACCUUCCAUCUAAACAAGACACCAUCGCACUCUUCCGACAAAACAACAUCCGAAGAGUUCGUCUCUACGACCCAAACCAAGAAGCUUUAAAUGCUCUUAAAAACACUGGCAUCGAAGUCCUUGUCGGUGUUCCAAACUCUGAUCUCCGUUCACUCACUAACCCUUCCUCAGCUAGAGAAUGGAUCCGAAACAACGUUCUUAACCAUUAUCCCGCCGUUAACUUCAAGUACAUCGCCGUUGGUAACGAAGUUGUUCCGUCUAACGGUGGCGGUGAUGUGCUCCCUGCGAUGCGUAACGUUUACGAUGCUCUAAGAGGUGCGAAUCUUCAGGAUAGGAUCAAAGUCUCUACGGCGAUUGAUAUGACUUUGAUUGGUAACUCUUUCCCUCCUUCCUCUGGAGAGUUUCGUGGUGAUGUUAGGUGGUUUAUUGAUCCCAUCAUCGGGUUCCUAACUAGCACGAACUCUGUGUUACUCGCCAACAUCUACCCUUACUUCAGCUACAUAGGCAACCCACGAGACAUCGCACUCUCCUACGCUCUCUUCACUUCUCCUUCCGUCGUAGUCUGGGACGGAUCUCGCGGCUACCAAAACCUCUUCGACGCCUUGCUCGACGUUGUUUACUCUGCCGUUGAACGUUCAGGAGGUGGAUCUCUCAACGUUGUCGUUUCCGAGAGCGGGUGGCCUUCAAACGGUGGAACCGCUGCGACUUUUGAUAAUGCAAAAGCGUAUUACACGAACCUGGCGGCUCGUGUGAGAGAGAACAGAGGGACCCCGAAGAAACCUGGAAGAGGUGUGGAGACGUAUUUGUUUGCCAUGUUCGAUGAGAAUCAGAAGAAUCCUGAGAUUGAGAAGAACUUUGGUGUGUUUUUACCUAAUAAACAGCCUAAGUAUUGGUUCUCAUUUGGCGGCGUGAGGGAGGAGGGUAGGGCGGUUGAGUGAUGGUUUGAAUCGAGGUGAUGAUAAUAAGUGAAUCAUAUGAGACUUUGUGAAUGUUUGAAACAGUAUGGGGAGGGAUAAUCUCAAAUAAUAAAAUAUCCAGAAAUAAUAAAUUGUAAUUUGUUUUUUCUUGUUUUUUUCUGUUUGAAAUAAGUACACCUCCAUCCAUUGGAGAGUGUUAAUCCGGUAAAUAAUUUCAGUAAGAAGGCUGAAAAAACUCAGAGUUGGCAAUGGCAGUGACGUGUUACUCAAUAUUGGUAGAAACACAUCUUAACAUAU